CCAUGCCGGAAAUUGUACUUUCCCACAUUGUUUUGUUUAGCCCCAUCUAACGUGCUUAAGCAAUUCAUUUUAGUCUAAUGUGUUUUUCUGAAAAUAUUUCAUCCAUCACAUCUGUUGGGUUACGGUAGGUUUUGCGCAUGCUCACCACAAACAUCAGCCGAAAGGAAGAGGAUGGCGGAGGAUGGGAGGGAUGAGUCGCUGGCCACUGACGAUGAGCCAGACCACACAGUUGCAGACGGGAGCAACAGCCUGAACAACAGCCUGAACAACACGAUGGUGGAAGAGGGCUCCACUCUCCUGCACACAAUGGAGAUCUGUGUUGCUGAGGCUGAGAGAAGGAACGGCAAAAACACCGUAAACAUGCAGGAGACGUUCACUGUGUACCUCGUGGAAACACGGCCAAUGGAUGCAGUUGCCGAAGGUCGCAACCCGGCCCCGGACUCCCUGUGGAGGAGAUACAGUGAAUUUGAGCUGCUGCGGAACUACCUGUUAGUUACUCAUCCAUACAUCGUGGUACCCCCUCUGCCUGAGAAGAGGGCAGAGUUCGUGUGGCACAAGCUGUCGGCAGACAACAUGGACCCAGACUUUGUGGAGCGUCGCCGGGUCGGGCUGGAGAACUUCCUGCUUCGUGUUGCAUCACAUCCAGUCCUCUCCAAUGACAAGAUCCUCCACCACUUCCUCACUGAGGAACACGGCUGGAAGGAAGUGGUGUAUGAGACAGGAUUUCAGGCAAAGGCAGAUUCCAGACUGAGAGCUCUCAGUGCCACCUUCAGGGUGAGAAAUCCAGACAAACGCUUCAUGGAGAUGAAACACUACAGCGAUGAGCUGCAGUCUCACACAUCUCAGCUGCUCCGAGCACGAGCAAGGGUGGCAGAUCGUCUCUACGGUGUUUACAAGGUCCACGGGAACUACGGAAGAGUCUUCAGCGAGUGGAGCGCCAUAGAGAGAGAGAUGGGAGAUGGACUGCAAAGUGCAGGUCAUCACAUGGAUGCAUAUGCAGCCUCAAUAGAUGAUAUCUUAGAAGAGGAGGAACAUUACGCAGACCAACUGAAAGAAUAUCUUUUCUAUGCUGAAGCUCUGAGGGCCGUGUGCAGGAAACACGAGCUGACCCAGUUUGAGCUUGAGAUGGCCUCCCAAGACCUCAUCUCCAAGAAGCAGCAACAGGAGGAGCUAGCUACCGGGAUUGUGCGGACGUUCUCCUUCAAAGGCAUGACCAACAAGCUUUUUGGCCAAGAGGCCCCUGAGCAGAGGGAGGCCAGGCUGAAGCUGCUGGAGGAGCUGAUCGCAGAGGGGGAAGAGACCGUCAAGGAGAAGACGGUUGAGUGCGAAGAGCACGUUGAAAGGGCGUGGGUGGAUAUGCAGCGCUUUAAGGAGCAGAAAGACAAAGAUCUGCGAGAAGCGCUCAUCAACUAUGCCGUCAUGCAAAUCAGCAUGUGCAAAAAGGGAAUACAAAUGUGGAGCAAUGCCAAAGAAUGUUUCCUCAAGAUGUAAAGUUGAAGCCAUAUUCAAAGGAUUUUCACCCUCAGUGAUGCUCAGUUGGGAAUGCUGGGAAAUGAUGCUAAUGUCUGCUGGUUGAGGUUUUAAAACAACCGUAGCAAAGUAACAACAUUGCAUAUAAAGAUAAUGUAGUUUUAAGUACACAAAAAGUAGGGAUUUGCUUUCACUGUUAAAGGGAAAGUUCACCCCAAAAUGAAUAAGACAUAUUUAUGUUCCUCUCACCUGUAGUGCUAUUUAUCAAUCUAGAUAGUUUUGGUGUGAGUUGCCGAGAGAAGGCAGAGAAACAUGAAAACCUCCAUGAAACUGCUCACAACAAAGUCUGUGGAUUAUCUUGAGUAACCGAGGUGGUGAUUUCUGGGAAGAGAUGUUGACUUUUUCAAAUGUAUUCAGUGCCAUCUAGUUCUAUUAUACUGAAGAGAAGGCAGACCGAUAUCUCCAACACUCAACACACAAGUAGAUUGAUAAAUAGAACUACAGGUGAGAGGAAAAAUGUGUAAUUUUGGAGUGAACGCUCCCUUUAAUCUUUUGUGGAGUGAUACGGCUCAGGGAGGUGGAGGAUCACGCAAAGCACAUGACUGGGACACCGGAGACCAGGGUUGACUUUAUCAAUAUUUAACCAAGACCAUUUUCUCUCUCCUUAAAAGAGGGACUUCAACAAUUCUUACAGACAGAAAUACAGCCAACGCUGAAGUGAAGAGAUGAACAUGAACGUGAAGUAAUCCAGAUGAUCUGCUGUUAAACAGAUAAAACACCUGACCAGUGUCACCUCAUAGACUAGGACAUACUACCAUCUAGUGGUCAAAAUGUUGUGGUCUAUACAGCUACAACUAUUGACAUACAGCUGACUUUUUUAUAUAUAUAUAUAUACGUAAACAUGCAAAAUGGCUUCUACAGACAUAAUCAUCCAGAUUUUAACUCCUAAAUAUCAAACAUGUUUCAAAUGAUCACGUCGGCCCCGUUCAGGAGGUUUAAGACUAGAUCUGGAACCCCCAACAUUACCUGAUAAUCUGUGGCGAACGUCAAGACCAAUUAAAGUCCCAGACCAGAUUUGUCUUCUGAUUGUUGGGACGGGUAAACCGGCCCAGAACUCCUGUAGUCUGAGCGCAGCUUUCGCUUACUACUUACACUUAAAAUCUGUCACUGUUUUAUUAUGAAAUGUUUUUUUGUGUAUCAGACUAUUAAGAGCAAAACUAAGACUGGCCUAACAAUACAGAGCAGUCUGAAAUAUCUUUGUGAAGCCGGACCCAGAGGCGUGUUGCGUAUUUUAUCAGUUCUUCAUUAGCUAACAUGCAGUGCUGUCCCCCCAUAAUAUCAAAUUGCAAGAUGCCUCUUUUUUGUCCUCUUUCUACUCCUUUGACAAUGUUCAUGACGUAUAAGGUCGCAUUGCACUCUGGACUAGUAAUGCUCAUAAAUCCAUUAUUUCUUGGUGAGCCGUCACGAGAAUGUCUUGCAGUCCAUAAGAGUUCAUGUUUACUUGUCUUGGUUUAUUGUGAUGAGUGAGUGUGGAAUUUGACCAGAACUAAAAGACAGCAAUGAAUUGAAUGAAAGCUGAGCUACAGGUGUGAAAGUGACUUGAGCUGCCUAAAUAUUAAUCUGAUUUUUUUUUUUAAAAACAUCAUCUAAAUUGCAUUACAUUUCCUCCACUUCCCUCUGCCGUGAGCUACUUGCUUACAUGAAUACAUCUAUCAAAGUGAGGAGGCUGUAAGAUGUUGGUUCCAUGUGGUGCUGUCCAGUAUGCUGCACGUAAGAGUCAUGAUACUCAGUCUAAGAUUUUUAGUUCACUUUCAUUGAAUUUAACCUCCAUUUAUUGACCUGUCUUACAUGUUCCACCUGUUUCAUUAACAUUUUAUUUUCUGUUUGGGAGGCGUGCCAGCAAUAAGCUUUGUGUGCAUUAAUGACAUUUUCAUAACUCCAUUUGUCCAUGCCCUUUUAUAUUUUAAAUUUGAAUGCUUGAUUUGGAUGUAUUGCUAUUGAUUGUUCUAUUUAUUUAAAUAAAAAUGUGUCACACCACA